CGUCCCGUCUCCCGGCCCACAGACCCACGCCCUCACUGCCCGCCUGCCGGUGGCUGGAGAGCUGCCCGCCGUUUCGCCCACGGCGCGGGGGACGUGCAACUGACCCAUGCCUGCUACCCAAGAUUACGCAGAGCCAUGAGCCGCCUGCCAGGGAGGGUGGCGGCGCUGCUGCUCGGGCUACUUGUGGAGUGCACAGAUGCCAAAAAACAUUGCUGGUAUUUUGAAGGACUCUAUCCAACAUAUUAUAUAUGCCGCCCUUAUGAGGACUGCUGUGGCUCCAGGUGCUGUGUGCGGGCCCUCUCCAUACAGAGGCUGUGGUAUUUUUGGUUCCUCCUGAUGAUGGGCGUGCUCUUCUGCUGUGGAGCUGGCUUCUUCCUCCGGAGGCGCAUGUAUCCCCCACCGCUGAUUGAGGAGCCUGCCUUCAACGUAUCCUACACCAGGCAGCCCCCAAACCCCACUUCAGGAGUCCACCAGCCAGGGCUGCCAUAUUACACCGACCCCGGAGGGCCAGGCAUGAAUCCUGCUGGGACCUCCAUGGCGAUGGCUUUCCAGGUCCAGCCCACCUCACCUCAGGGAAGCACAGCCUACCCACCACCCCCUUCCUACUGCAACACACCGCCACCCCCAUAUGAACAGGUGGUGAAGGCCAAGUAGUGGGGGUGCCGCCCAGCGCCUGCCUGUGACCUCACAGGGGGACAGGGAGGGGCCCUCUCCCUCCGCCUCCCUGUCCCCAUCCUAUGAGCCACCAAGGGUCCCUUCCUCAGUGAUGCCUUCACAGCAAGCACAGCUCCCUUUCCCUCUUCCAUGGGGUGGGGCUUGGAAUUCACCCUGUGUCUCCUCUGUUGCUUCUGUUUCUGAUGUGACUUGUGCUCUGGUGGAGCAUGGACAGUCCCCAAGGGUUAACAACAUAGGUAGCACGCCCAGAUCUCACGAGAGAGACUAAGCAGGGGGCACAAGGCCAGGCGGUAUGGGCAGGCGAGCCCACGGAGGGGCCAGGUGCCUGGCCCAGGUGAGCUUCCUCCCACCACAGGGAAAGCCCGGCAACAGCAGGCAGCUCACUGACGGUAGGCCCCACGGGGUCUGCUGGGGGAGCCUCGUCCUGUCAGUCUUCCUCUUCAAGCAGCUGUUAGACAUGUGGUGGAGAAGAAACCCUGGAGCACUUUCCUAUCUCCAUGAACUUCCUGAAGAAGGGGCUUCCUCUCUGCACAGCCAGGGCUGGGCGAGUGCUGUGCACAGCUCUCACCUCAAGAUGAGGACCCAGGUCCAGGCCAAGCUGGAUGUUUACAGUCAUCUGAAAAUCAGUAAAGGAAGUUAUUUAAAUUCAUGGGAAAUUGCUCCCUGCUUCACAUGGCAACAUUGCAUUUUAUGAGCUCCUGGUCUGUCUGAUUUGGGAAAAAAAUAUUUCCCCCUUCUUUGUUGCAUUUUUUGGAAGUUCGUGUACCUAGUCCUGUCCUUUGAGGUCAGACUGAGAAUGUCUACUCUGGAUAUCAGCAGCUUGCUGGUUUUGAUCAUGACCAACGGUCUCAGCAUGCUUCCCCAGGGCAGCUCUGGUGGUGGGGUUUGACAGGCACGUUAAAAGCAGAGAGGACAUCUGGCUGGGGAGUUGGGUCCAUGCCUCAUAGAUGUGCCUAGGGCUAGGCCUUUGUUUGCUCUCAGCAGGUGUGUGCUGGGCUCUGAAGAGGAGGAGCUUGCUGAGAAAGACAGUAAUAGGAAAUGCCAGGACUGCAGGGAGAUCUCUUCAAAAAGUACUAAUUAUAUUUCACUGGCAAUAUAAUGAAAAUUAGAAUAAAGAAGAUGAUGAUUAAAAAUGCAAAUCCUGGCCAAGAAACCUGUCUCACCCAGGAUUUUACCUGUAGUCACUGGGGUUGUUGGCAGUGAGCAGGGAAGAUCAGUUCCUCUGCAGUGGGACCCUGAGGUGGGGUUGGAAAUCUGUACUCACUGACCUUGAGCACCAGGGCAUCUCACUCGAGUGGGUACUAGUGCUUUUCAUUGCCCUAGACUGGGAGUCUUGGUGUCCUGCUCUGCUGGGACACCCUGUAAGGAGCAGGGGUGAGAAAUCUCGAUGGGCUGCAGUGACCCCUCAGGCUGACUUGACUUUAACGACAGAGAAUCUGGAAACCUCCAAGGGAAUCCUACAGGAAAUGCUUGGAGCCAGACAAAAGCCCUUGGAAACACAGUUUGUGAAGAGGUGCCGCUGCUGGGGUCUUCAACUGCCCUCGUCUGAACUCCUGCCCCGACUCCAUUACCUCCCCACACGUGGGUCCUUGAUUCCCAUGAGACAACUAAGCACAACACUUGCUGUUUACACCCAAGGGCAACUUGGGUCCAGGCAGUUCCUCAUCCACCAGGGCAUUUGUUUGGCUAUUUCCAACUUCUCCCUUUCCUGUUUCAGCAGAGCAGCAGUAAGAGCUGCCCCAGAACCAGAUUAGGGUACAGCUGCAUAGGCGUACAGAAGGCCACUGUGCAAUUGUGUUAUCUUUCUGAUAGCAGAUGUGCUUGAGACACUGAAUGAUUUAGGUAGUGCUUGACAAUUUUAUAUUCCCAUGUUUGUGUAAAGUAAGUUUUGUUUUUCUUUAACCCGGGUAAAAACCCAGCUAUAGUGAACACUGACACGGUGUAUGGAAAAUCGACUUGUGGUGACAUUUCCCAGCCAUCUUCAUCUUCUCUGUGCUGUGGGUGGAUUAUGCCCACUGCUUAGAGUGAGUCCAGCUCCGAUGUCAAGUCCUAUAGAGUCAGCAGUUAGGAGUAAACUUGGAGCAGAUCUGUGCAUGUUUUUCUUCUGCAACACUUGGCUCUUUUCUGUUUUUAGUUCUCUUUUGAUAGGGUCCUGUUCCCUAUGCAUGCAAAAUAAAAAUAAAUUUGGGCAUGUGC